CCAAAAAUACCGUUGACUGGACGCGAACUGGCAACUUUGUUGUGAUUUCAGUUUUAUUUGUCGGAAUGCCGCUGGAAAUGUGAAAAUAACAAAAACAAAAUCAGAUAAAGAAUCUAUUUCAUCCGGUCUCUAGUUUUCACAUGCCUGUGUAACGCCCAAUUGCCCAAAAGAUGUCCGCCGCCCAGAGCCCCAGCCCCAACUCCUGCGUGGAGACGCCCAAGGCGCCCGAAUGGCUAUCGAAGCUGGAAAGCCGACGCGAGCAGCUGAAGCGCUCCAAGCUGGGCCACGAGUCGGGAGCCGGUGCUCCCUGUUUGGAGUGCCAGGACAAGUGUCCCGGCCUUGAUUUGCACUUCUGGCGUAAGGUGUGUCGCAACUGCAAGUGCCGAAAGAAUCAGCACGCGUGUCCGGAAGACGAUGACGCCACCGGCUGGGCACAGUUCGAGAUUCUGGGCCAGAUAAGGGCCAAGCCAGCUUUCAUCAAAAUCAAGGCCCUGGCCAGCCAGCCAGUCCAACUAGAGUGGGUGCCUCCAAAUGCAGCUCCCGACGUGGUUACCGACUACAUGGAGAUGCUGGGCACUGCCCAGAUACCAGUGGCUGGCAGCGAUGCAGCCAUUAAGCGGAAGCAGCAGCUGGAGUUGCAGGUGCCGCCGCAUGAUCUGGAUGCUGCUCUGUGCGACGGACUGACGGAAACGGAGGCCCGCCAGCUGCAGCAGUAUGUGCAGCGUCUGAGGGAGCAGUGCGUCGGCCAGGGUGUUGUGGUGCGCCUGGGCAAUCGUCUUAAUCACGCUCAGGUGGAGCAUGUGACUCCAGUUGCUGUAGUAUCGCCACAGGAAACAGCCAAGUCCUGGCAGUUCCUGGGUCUGCCGCCAGUGGCUGAUGCCACUUUGAACGAACUGUUGGCCAAUCCCAAGGUGGCGCAGGCCCUGGCCAGUCCGGCCAGUGCUCAACCCAGGCUGCUGGUGGCCUUUGCCGAGCCCCUGUCCGACUCCACAGCUCAGUUCGAGGAGAAUGGCGGAGCUCUGCGGGCACAGACCAAGGAGAAGCUGCUGGGUAUUAGCAAACCGGCUUUGCAGAGCCUCGUAAGCCAUGGUGUGGUAUAUGACAAGGUGCUGGGAGUGCUAAAGGAAAAGAACCUCAACAUCUCGCGGGAUCCCAAACUGGGACCCAUUGCCGAGUUCCGCAAGGAGUAUGUCAACAAUCCGCAGUUCCGGGCAGAUAUCAACAGCAUCUGUCCUUCGCAGCAGCAGCAACAAAUGACGCCCAUUAAAUCCUCUCCAGGCACGCCCUUUAACUCCCCGCUGCCGCUUAAGAACCCUGUGCAGGCCAGGUUUGGAGCCCAAAUGCGCCAGGAUACACCCAUGCGGCGGGUUAAAUUCGGCGGCGUCUCCACCGUGGUCUACGAUUGUGGGCUGCCCGCCAACACGGACUAUGAACGCGAUCCGAUCUUUGCACAGAUUCUCCAGGCAGAACCGCUGAAGCAUGCCCUCCAGGAGGCCCGAUCCGGACGUGCUCCAUCUGCGGUGGUCAUUUCCAAUAUUCCAGCUGCGGUGGCGAGUCUGGCGGAACUCAAGGGCCUAGCUCCGGCCACCAAGGCUCAACUUCAAUCCAUGGGGCUGGACAAGAACAUGUUACAAUCGGCCGUGUCCAAUGCUCCUUACUAUGAUCGGCUCUUCCGAUCCCUGCAGGACAAGGGCAUCGCUCACGAUCAAUGCCAGUUGCUGCAGCCGCUGAAGCAAGUUCACGACUGGCUUCUGGACGAUAAUCAACUGCUGGAGGAUAUCGACAAGGUCUUUGCUGAUAUGGCAAAUGGCUGUCGGGAUAUUACCUAUCCGAAACCCAUACUGGGAGAGUUGCCUACGUCCCAGAGUAGCGACUCUGGCUUCCACUCGAAACCCUCGACGCCAGGCUACACCAGUGAAGAUUUGAAUGCCAAUCCGGGUAGAUUUGCCAGCAUUCCCGGCAUAGAAGACAUGAACAUGUAUCCAGGUUGUUACGGCAUGCCGGAGCAGUUCCAGCAGCUGCGUUUGCAGGAGGAUGAGGUCGCUGCGGGCAAAGAUCCCCAGCCCCUCAUCUUGUGCCGCGACUGCAACGAACCCAUUGCCUAUGGCGAGGUGGCCGUCAAAGCCGAUCGUGCCGGCAAGGAGAUUGCCUGGCAUCCGGGCUGCUUCAAGUGCCAGACAUGUCGUGAGCUGCUAGCUGACUUGGUUUACUUCUUCCACCAGGGUCAGGUCUACUGCGGACGCGAUUUGGCCAUUAAGCUAAAGAUUCCACGGUGCCGCGCCUGCGAUGAGCUGAUCUUCACCAAGGAGUACACCGCCGCGGAAGGUGCCACCUUCCACAUCAAGCAUUUCUGCUGCUAUCAGUGCGAUGAGCCGCUGGCCGGACAGCAGUACGUUCCCGAUGAGAACUCCAAUAUGCCGCUGUGCCUGCAGUGCUACGAUCGCUUCUUUGCCGUUGCCUGCCAGCGCUGCCGUUUGGCUAUAGGCCCUGCGGAUCAGGGAGUGGCCUGGGGCGAGAUCCACUGGCAUGGACAGUGUUUCGUCUGCGCUGGUGUCGAGUGCUCCAAGUCGCUGAUCGGUGGUAGAUUCUGCGUGAAACAGGACAUGCCCUUUUGCAGUCCAGCCUGCGUGCGCAGCGUAAUUUCAUAAGACAAAGGAUAAUUCUUGAUUACAGUAUUUCCCCAGUAUAUUAACUGCACAAAGGAUCAAAGACACCAACGCACAAUUCAAUGGAAUUAACGAUGACACACCAUAUUAGUAACCAGAGCUAGUGAUUUAUGGAUGCCACAGACUCAAAGUGCCUAGAAUAUAGACUUGCAUUUAAAAAAAAAGCCUUUUCUGCUAAUUUUAUGUUAACAAUCAAAUUAGAAAAGCAGAUUUGUUUUAAGACAUGCUAUGGAGGAACUUCUGUAACUAGAAUUCUCACUUAAAAGUAGACAGUUUUUGAUUUGUUAACUAAAACGCAGAAAAGGCUAAAAUAUUUACACAAUUCCAUACCGCUUUUGCCGUGCCAAUAGACCAAGUAAAAAAAAUAGAUAUAUAUACAUAUUUUAUAUACAAAGUAUACAAAUAUAUAUAUAAAUAUUCUAUAGAAAAAGUAUAAAAAUCUAUACAAAAAUAUUUUAUAUACAAAUAGCUAUUUACACAGCAACAAAAAAGCAUAAAGUAUUAUAUAUGUUUACAGGAAAACCCCAUUUUUAUAACGCACACAAACGUUUUUUAAUAAAUUUACUCGAAACCAAGAAAA